AUGGGGAAUAGCGAAUCUAUUGGUAGUGGUCAGACAGCAGUUCUUGCUCAAGACACCUAUAUGUGGUACAGAAAAUUUAUGAUGGAAUACCCAUCCGGCCUGCAAACACUGCAUGAAUUUAAGACACUCUUGGGUCUGCAGGGUCUGGAUCAGAAGGCCAAUCAACAUAUUGAUCAAGUCUAUAAUACCUUUGACAUGAACAAGGACGGAUUUAUUGACUUUUUAGAGUUUAUUGCUGCUAUAAAUCUAGUUGUACGAGGAAAAGUGGAGCAAAAAUUAAAAUGGUAUUUUAAGCUGUAUGAUGCUGAUGGAAAUGGUUCUAUUGACAGAAAGGAACUACUGAACAUCUUCAUGGCUGUCCAAGCCCUCAAUGGCCAGCAAACCCUGAGUCCCGAAGAAUUCACCAACUUGGUGUUUCAUAAGAUCGAUGUAAACAAUGACGGAGAAUUGUCUUUAAAAGAAUUUAUCAGUGGCACAGAAAACGAUCAGGAUCUUCUGGAGAUUGUUUCCAAGAGCUUCGACUUUUCCAGUGUACUGAAAGUCAUCUGUAAUGGGAAGCAGCUGGACACAGGAGGGAGGCUUCCUCCAAACCGUCGGAGAAGGCGGGUCUAG